GACGCCUCGCCCGCCCUCCUCGCCGCUCUUUCUUCCUCCCCGGCGCCGCGCGCGGCGGCCGGUUGGCUGUUGCUGUGGCGACAGGGGAAGGAGGGGGCGGGGCCGGCGCCCCACCUCGGCCGCGCCGCAGCCCGUGAGCGCGGCCCCGCCGCCGGCAGCGCCGCCCAGGAGCCGCCGCGGCCGGGAGCAUCCGCCGGGCGGGCGAGCGGGGCGGGGGCGGGCGGCGGCCCAUGGCGGGCGGGUGAGGAGGGGCCGUCGGCAGGUGCAGGUCGGGCGGGCGGGCGGUCCGCGCCGGCGGGAGGAUGCGUGAGUACAAGGUGGUGGUGCUGGGCUCGGGCGGGGUGGGGAAGUCGGCGCUCACGGUGCAGUUCGUGACCGGCACCUUCAUCGAGAAGUACGACCCCACCAUCGAGGACUUCUACCGCAAGGAGAUCGAGGUGGACGCGUCGCCCUCCGUGCUGGAGAUCCUCGACACGGCGGGCACCGAGCAGUUCGCCUCCAUGCGGGACCUCUACAUCAAGAACGGGCAGGGCUUCAUCCUCGUCUACAGCCUCGUCAACCAGCAGAGCUUCCAGGACAUCCGACCCAUGCGCGACCAGAUCAUCCGCGUCAAGAGGUAUGAGAAGGUGCCAGUAAUUCUGGUUGGUAAUAAAGUGGACCUGGAAAGUGAGAGAGAAGUAUCAUCGAAUGAAGGCAGAGCCUUAGCUGAAGAAUGGGGCUGCCCUUUUAUGGAGACCUCUGCUAAGAGUAAAACAAUGGUGGAUGAGCUCUUUGCGGAAAUUGUUAGACAGAUGAACUAUGCAGCACAGCCAGACAAAGAUGAUCCAUGCUGUUCUGCAUGUAAUAUACAAUAGCAUUAAAAAUUACCUAACCUGGACCUAAUUUGCAGAAAUUUUGUAAGGUGGUAAAACUGUCUACUUCACUUCCUGGUUUGUGGGUCACUUGAAAUACAUCUGUAGUGAAGUAGCAACAUUAACUCAGAGCUGAGCAUUGAAAGUCAAUCACUGACUCUGAAUAUAAUUGGGUUAAAUGACCACAUCUCACCCAUUUUUCCCCUUGAGCACCUGCAAUUUUAUGGCACAGCCAGCUGAUCUACAGGGUCGUUCCAGUUGAGCUUACUUGCGCUGUCAUGCUAGACAGUGCUGACAGCAACUAUUUCAUGAGAAGUUAGAAAACUUUUGGGAAUGGGAAACAAAAGCAGUAGAGAGAAUAUCUGUGAAGACCAUUCACAAAUAGCAUAAGCGCAAGAGGAGAGCCAAGUCUUUCAGUGUCUAAUUACCAUGCUUCAGGAUGUGCGUGAUCACUUGUGGCCAAGUUUACUCAAAUAUGUUGAUUUUGCCUGAACUUGUGACAGUGUUAGAGGAAGAGGCUACCAGAGACCUGUCUAGUUUGGAUUUUUUUCAAAAUUGAUGCUAUUAUUUCUACACUUUAUCCCACAUCUUGAAAUAGAAAACAUUGCAUCAGUGUGUGAAAUGAGAGGCAAGAUCUGAAAAUAAAUGACGGGUGAAGAAACAAAGUAUGGCAUUGGAAUGUUUUAAAUCUUUUCUUUUGCUGCUCAAAAAUGGAGGAUUGCUUCAGGUUUUGGUCAGAAAAAAAGCCAAACAAACCCUCUGUUUACAAAGCGGGAAGCAUCUUUAUCACUUUACUGAACCAGGAGGAAGCAACUGUGAUGAAAAAAAAAAAUGCUGAGCCUUACUAACAAGGAACACUUUAAUAGAUUAACUAGUACCAUCUUGUAAGGAAAAUUAAGCCAUGUUGCAUCCAUAUGUUCCCUUCUGCAGAAACCUCGUGGGACAGUAUGAACAUCCUGCAUUUUUAAGUUUGUUAAAGACAACAGCUUUUCUUGCCUUUAAGGGCUACGUUCUCUGGUGUGAUCCCUAACUAACCUUUGAAAAUCAAGUUUGCUAUUUCAUAGCUUUAAUGUUGAAAACUUUGUUAAUUGAAUAACCAUGUGAAAUCAUUUGGUUCAGAGGUGAAAUAGUUAUAAUUCCUUAGGUGAGCGUGGAAAUGGCUCUUUAAUUGCCUGACACACUAUUCAGAGGUUGCCCCAAUUAUUGGAGUGUUAAAUGGUGGGAGCAAAUAUUUUAUUUUGAGAGGAUGCUCGAGCUCUGACUUGCUAGUUUCAUAGCAGUGAAAUAUUUAUCAUUUGCAUGACUAAUGGCACAGAAAUACCUAUUCCGAAGUCUUACAAUCAAAGUAUAGAAAAGAUUUCAAUCAAAAUGUUUAGAUUUUAAAUGCUGGAGAGAUUGUCUUGAGCUGGAUCUUUUAUAGGUAAAAUUGGCCGUACAGAUAUAAAUCACUGAGCCUGUGGUCUAAAUAACAUCAUGCAUUUUUAUUACUUUUCAAUCUUGUGCAGUAACAGUGUAGUUCCUUGUGUUUAAAUGAGUGAAAACAGGGGUGCUGGGUUGUGCGUGUGUGUUGAGGGUGUAUGUGUGUGUAUUUGGCCCUUAGAAAUGCUGUAAUUGGAGUUAGGUUCGCAAAUUUUGCCUCCAUCUGCAGAACUUGCUAAAAAUGCUCUCAUCUUCUACAAAGGAAACCUGAGUACAAAACGCCUUUGCAGAUUUUCAUACAUAAAUAUUUUUAACAUUUUAAACUAUAGCUAAGUGGAUAACAACUAAAGAAAAUCGUAUUAAUGGAAGAGAACUGGCCAUCUCUGCCCUUAAUCUUCAAAACCUUUCCAUAACCAAUGUAUCGAAGGGCAUUAGAUGUCACAAACAUGAAGCCUUACUAGAACAUUAAUGUAGUCCUUUUUCCCAUCCACCUUACAGAGUUUUUGUUACUGUUCUUUGUUCUCUUUGGGAGAUAUUCACACCAUUUAUUUCUGGCAUCUGAAUGCCCAUUUUGGGUGCUCUGACUUGCCCUCCUAGAGGCACCUACCUCUUUCCAUUGACUAGAUAGGAAACUUAGGCUUUUAACUUCGGUCCUCUGAGUCACACAACUUAUAUGCCUAAACUAGAUGGUAUGAAUGUUCUCUUCCCCCCCGGCCGCCUGCCCAUUGUGUCAGCCUCUGUGUUAAAGCAAAAUUUGAGAUGUUGAAUUAAUUGUAUCUUAAUUUUUAAAAUAUCUAGGUUGGGAAAUGGUCUAUUGAGCAGUAAAACCUAUCUGUGAAGUAGCUCAUCAGUGUGAGAUCCACUGCAUAAGCGCUCAAAUACCAAAUUUAAAACUUAGUUUAGAGUACAUGUUAUGCACUGUUACUUACAGAGAUGUUAAAAUCUUACCUCACGGAUUGUUCAACAACCAACAAAAUGGCAUGAAAUACAAUAUGAAGGGCCUAACAAGAACUUAAUAAUAUAAAACAGAUGGGCUUUAAUAUAGGAAAAAUUGCAUGGUAAAAUUCCAAACAGCACACAUUAAUGAAAAGAUCUUAGUCUUGUUUUUUUCAUUACGUUUUUACAUUUUUAAAAGCCUAGGCCGUACAUGCUACCACACAAUAUUGCAGGGGGGGAAAUUGUAGAUGUUGUUUUUUCCUUGUAUAAUUCUGAGGAAGUAGUUAUGCACUAUUUGUAUUUCCACUAAUGUGAAUAUAGUGGAGCUUGAAUCAAUGACAGUUGCACUUGACAGAGAUUUUUCAAAAUAUGAGGUUAGCAGAAAGGUAGUUAAGUGAGCCACAUCAAAGUUUAGUGGCUGCCCUGUAGGAGUCAUUGGUCUUGGGUCAUUGUUUAAUUUGUACCCUGAUAGGACUACCAAUUAUAGUAUUUGAAAGUUUUUUAUAAUAUGCCUUAAAAUAUUAUGAUUUAUUCCAAAGACCCACUUUUCCUUUGGCUGUUCUUGUAGAGCUUUGUACUUUUCUACAAAAACAGCAUUUCUCCAGUUUUACUGUUUUUUUUUUUAAAGUGUUGCAACUUUUAUUCUUUUAAGCUAUGAUAGUGAUAGCAACUGUUUCCUCCUUCCCUUAAAAAGACACACAGAACUAGACAAAACAAACAAACCAGAAUCAGAUAAAGAGUAUUAAGCAUAAUUGCUUUUUUCUUUGUUUUUUUCCUUUCCUCCUUUCUCUCUCUCUCUCCCUCUCUCCUUAAGAGCAUCAAAAAGGUUUUGGUGACUUUUUCUGUUCUGGUUCUAGCCUCUCUCUAACCCCAGUGCUACAGUUGCCAUUACUUUUCUGUGGGAAAACUACUGGUAUUUGCUUUCCUGUAUAGAAUGUUGCCUAAAGAUGUCAGCCAUUUGGUUGGGGGGUUUUGUGCAUGUUUGUUUUUUAUUUUUUUAUUUUUUUUACCAGUGUACAGUCAAAGCACUGGGUUAGGCUUUAAUUGUGAAACUCCGCAACAAAAGCAAAUGUUUGACAACUGCAGGGGGCUUUUAUCUGCAUUGUUGUGCAUCUGUUAAUUCUUGAUCAGGGUUUGAAGAAUGACUGAAAUGGGUUUUGGAACCAGGCUUAACGCUGUUGAUUUGGAGUUUCCCAGAGGUGAAUUAAUGUAUUUCACAGUUACUUGUUGAGCUUUAGUACAACUGGCAACUUAAAUGGGGCAACAGUUUGUUUUGUAACAAUGUCAGUUGUUUAAACCUUGAUGUUUCAAAUAAAACAAGAAUUGUACAUAGAACUCAAUGCAAACUCAGCAGUUGUAUUUGGAGUUAAAUUAUUUUAACAAAUAAAUUUAUUUAAUGAAACCUC